CUCCUGAGAGGGGAGGGAAAAUGCCAGAGGUGCUCCCAGCUCUUAAUUCCCACCACAGUGCUGGAGGGAGGAAGGGCCACAGCUGGUUGGAUCUUCCCACUGCACCAACAUCUGAGGGUGCAAGAGGUCCUGGCAUUUUGGGGAGGAGCAAAGUGCCAAAACCCUUUGGAUAAAGUGUAUUUGAGCAGCUGGAGGAUUUAUCCAGGCCUAUCUGAGACUUGAAAAAAGCUGCUUUUUAACACAUAAAGUUUUUGCCAAAUAGAAAUGCAUUAAUGAGAAGUAUUUUACACUUAAAAUUGUGUUUCCAAGUUCUUCUAGCAGAGCAUGGAAACCCUGAGCACUGAAGUUCCAUGAGAAUCAGGACUGGAGGCAGCCACCAUUCCACAGGCUGGACAAGCUGUGAUGAGGCAGAAGAAGAAAAAACAUCCCAUUCCCAAAUUCCUCGGGCACCAGAGCCGAGUCCUGGAAAAAUGACUUUGGGAGAGGGAGGUGCUGUCUGCAGCUUCACAUAAACACACGGGGGCAAAACCUUCCAUCACCUCCUUGUGGGAUUCAAAUUAUUGAUUGGUUUCUCCUUAUCUUGUGCCACGCUUGACUCACGGCGUUACUCAGCAAGAAUUUUCCAGCUGAACUUUCCAACUUGGAGCAGGUCUGGAGCUGGGAGCCGCUGGGAACUCAGCCACUCAGAGAACACAGGACCUGGUGGAAUAUUGUGGGGUUUAUUCCCAGAUCUCUUCAGAAGGUGCCCCCACCAUGCAUGGAAAGAGGUCCAGGUGCUCCUUCUCCCGGCUGGAGGUGAUCCUGAUCGUGUGCCUGGUGCUGAUGAUCGCCCUGACCGUGGUGCUCCUGGUCCUGCACUUCCUCAUCAAAAACAACAAUGAUUCCAACAACAGAGCAGAACCAGCAAAGUACUUGGUGGGUGUUGGCAGAGCUGACUGCACGGGGCCUGUGGCACAAGUGCCUCUGAUGGGAUAUGCCAACCCCGACCAGGUGGGUGGGGGGCUCCUCUCGCGCCUCUACAGCCGCGCCUUCAUCGUGGCAGACCUCAAGAACUCCAGGCGGGUCGUGUUUGUCAGUGCUGACAUUGGAAUGGUGUCCCAGAGAGUGAGGCUGGAGGUGCUGAAGCAGCUGCAGAGCAGGUACGGCCAGCUGUACCGGCAGGACAACGUCAUCCUCAGCGGCACCCACACGCACUCAGGGCCCGGGGGGUACUUCCAGUACACCCUGUUCUGGAUCACCAGCAAGGGGCUGGUCAGGCCAGCCCUCAGCUCCAUCGUGAACGGCAUUGUGAAGAGCAUAGGUAUUGCCCAUGAGAACAUGAAGAGAGGAAGGCUCUUUAUAAACAGAGGCACAGUAGAAAACAGCCAGAUCAACCGGAGCCCUUUCUCCUACCUCGCCAACCCGCAGUCUGAGCGGAACAGGUAUUCAUCCAACACGGAUAAAGAAAUGGUGGUGCUGAAGAUGGUAGAUGAGGAUGGAUCCGAGCUAGGCCUUAUCAGCUGGUUUGCCGUGCACCCGGUGAGCAUGAACAACUCCAACCACCUGGUGAACAGCGACAACGUGGGCUACGCCUCCUACCUGUUCGAGCAGGAGAAGAACAGGGGGAUGCUCCCCGGAGAGGGCUCUUUUGUGGCCGCCUUUGCCUCAUCCAACCUGGGAGAUGUGUCCCCCAACACGCGGGGCCCGUUCUGCGCCAACACGGGCGAGUCGUGUGACAACCCCCAGAGCACCUGUCCCGUCGGAGGGGCAGCCAUGUGCAUGGCCAAGGGGCCCGGGAAUGAUAUGUUUGAGAGCACCAGGAUUAUAGGGCAAAAUAUCUACUUGAAAGCAAAGGAGCUGUAUGAAAAAGCCUCCCAGGAGGUGACAGGGCCCCUGAGCUCAGCCCACCAGUGGGUGAACAUGAGCAACGUGUCCGUGGAGCUCAACGCCACACACACGGUUAAAACCUGUAAGCCAGCCCUGGGGCACAGCUUUGCUGCAGGGACUAUUGACGGAGUGGGGGCUUUCAACUUCACCCAAGGUGCAGUAGAAGGGGACCCGUUCUGGGACCAAAUCCGGGACCAGCUGCUGGGAGAGCCGUCGAACGAAACCAAAGCCUGCCACAAACCCAAGCCCAUCCUCUUCAGCACAGGGGAGAUGACUUGGCCCCACCCCUGGCACCCGGACAUUGUGGACGUGCAGAUCGUUGCCAUCGGAUCCCUGGCAAUCCUUGCUGUUCCCGGGGAGUUCACGACCAUGUCUGGACGCAGGCUGCGGGAAGCUGUUAAGAGUGAAUUUGAUUCCCAUGGGACACCAAAGAUGAACGUUGUAAUUGCAGGUUUGUGCAAUGUCUACACCCACUACAUCACCACCUACGAGGAAUACCAGGUUCAAAGAUACGAGGCUGCCUCGACUAUUUAUGGGCCACACACCCUUUCUGCUUACAUCCAGCUGUACAGGGGCCUGGCCAAGGCUAUUGCUCUGAAUGCCACUCAGGAGCUGCCCCCCGGUCCAGAGCCCCCACUUUUCAACGUAACCAGUCUGACCCUGCUGCCUUUGCUCAGCGCCGAGAACGCGCCGGCCAAUAAAAACUUUGGGGAUGUGCUGGAAGAAGUGAGACAAGAGUAUCGAGAGAGAGAAGUUGCUGAAGUGACUUUUGUGGGUGCAAACCCCAGGAACUCUGCAGAGAACGCGACUGAGCAUAACUUCCUGACGGUGGAGAGAUACUCCAGCAUUUCCAACAGCUGGCACACGGUGCUGAACGACGCCUCCUGGGACACCAGGUUUUACUGGAGCAAAGGAUCCCAAGGCCAGAGCAAUGUGACCAUUGAGUGGCACAUCCCGGCUGGCACAGAGCCGGGCCUCUACCGGUUCCGCUACUUCGGGCACUACAAGAAGAGGCCGUUCCCCUUCUUGAAAACCAUCACAGUCCCAUUUGAGGGCUCAUCCUCAGCAUUUCAAAUCACAGCUCCAUAGGUGAUCCCAUUCCCUAGAGGAAUGGCGGUAGAUUUGGGCUGUGCGGGAUUUGGACUUGGACGAUUCUUGUGGGUCCUCUCCAACUCCAGAUGAUGCUGCAAUGUUCUGGGAGGGUUUUUUGUGGCUCUGGACAUCCCUGCUGCCCCUUGAGUGCUGCUGGUCAUCCUUUGAUGUGCAAAGCUUGACUUUCUGGAAAGUUCUGGCUUUUCCCUGCACUUGACUCUCCUCAUGUGUCCUAAGUAAAGUGGUUCCUGUCCUGGCCAGGCCCAGUUUCAGCUGAUUCUUACUGUAAUAAUGAUGUAAUUCCUUUAGUCAUUAAAGCUGUGCCUGUUGAUGGUGAAUAGGCUGUCCCAGAGGGAAUUAGAUGGAAAUCAGUAAGAACUGAAUUGAUGAGCUAAAUCUGCCGGUGAGGCAGCUCUGAACAGACCCCAGCCUGCUUUUUGGGAGCAUCAGGAAGGACCCAAGGCCAGCAGGCUCUGGCUGGGUGAAGGGUCACCCACAGAAGGGAUUGUGGUUCCUCUCCAACCCACACAAGAGCACAGAAUGAAGACACCAUUGCAGGGUACAAGGACAGUGCCCAAACCUGCUGGCUGGAAGUGUUUCACCACAAAGAAAGUCCCAGGAAUGCAGAGGAUCUUCCCAGGAGGGUUUCAGAGCUGCCUGGACAAAGCCAUGACCACCUUGACCCAGUGUUGGUGGCAGGUCCCUCCUGAGCUGCCUCCCACCAGCAUUGCCAUGGGCUGCCAUAAGUGGGGACAGCUCCACAUUCCCUAAAUCUCUUCUGCCCUCUGUAAGUGGCAGAACCAGGGGGCACAGGGAGAAGAAAACACAAUUCAGGUCUGGAUUUAGGAUUCUUGUAAGGUCUGACAGCUAAACAACUGUAAAUGUUUAAUAAGCUCCAAUAAUGUGUACCAAUUUUGUA